AAAGAGAGAGAAAGAGGGGUAAGCCCCCUGCAAAAUAAUAAUAAGAAUAAUGGAAAACAUUAUUAGUAUUCAUCGGGGUGAGCUUUUUCAAGAAGUAUGGGAUCCUCAACACGCCCUAAAGCAAUUCCCACCAUUUUCGAGAUGCAGAGAAAAGAGCCCCUCUCUCUCUUCAUGCUCCUCCUCCUCCUCUUGAUUCUCUCUCUAUUCCAUGGACUCCCAGAUGAGUUGUCUCUCUCUUCUCUCUCAUAGAUGCGAAAUCGCCAUGUUUCUGAUUCUUCUGAGCUUUUCUCUUUGUUCUUCUAAUCAACUCUGAGAUUUCUUCUCUGCUUUUUGGUGGGAUUUUUUUGGUCUACUUAUUCUUGUGCUGGGUUAAUUUAUUGAUGAUUUGGGGAUUGGAUAGUUGGGUUUUCUAUUGUUUUCGUUUCUCUGAAAGUGUAUAUAGUGCUUGGACUCUGUGUUGACUUGCUUCCUUGAGAUAUUUUGGGUUUCUCAGGAAGAUUGUAAUUUCAUUUGUUCUUGAAACUUUAUACCCCAUUUUGAUCUAAAAAACUCUGGGUUUUUUUUCAGUGUUGUUUCUGUUGUUAUAUGUAGCUUUCGCGUUUUCUUUGUUAUUCUCCUCAUUGUAUCAUUUACUUCUCAUACUUUGUGGAUCUGAGCUUUAGUAUUCUUUUUGCUUCUGUCAUAGUUGUUCUCAUAUGUAUCAACUGGGUUUGCUUUGUUGUUACCCUAAUCUUUGAAUUACAGUUCACAAACAGUCCUAUAACCCCCAAUCAUUUUUAUCUUGGGUGGGAGUGCUUUGGAGGAAUAUUUCAAAUUCCCUUUCAUUUUAUUACCUUCUUUCUUAAUUUUACAGUAAUUUAAGGACUGAUUUUCAGUCAGAUCAAUAGGCGCCUGCUUCUUAUGAGCGAGGCAAAUUGGUCUAUGGGAAUAAUUGACAAUUCGUUCUCUGAUCUUAUAGAAAGAGUGACAGAUUGGAUCCCCUGGAGUAGUGAUCUUUAUAGUGUUUCUAGGGAAUUUUCAAUGCCAAAUGAGGAUUAUAUGAACUGUAGUGAAUUGGAGGGUAUGAGAAUUAGCCCUGAAGAUGCAGAGAGGAUUAGGGCAUGUAACUUUUGUAGUCAGUCUCUAGAUUAUGCAGAGAAACACCACCCUAUGGCUUCUGGGCAGAAUAAUCUGCCCCCUUUGGUGAGUUUGGAUGGUGAUAAUUUUGAUAGUUCUUCUGCUAAUUGUGGUUCUGAUGAGAACUUGGUGUUUGGUCAAAGUGGAUCAUCUUCUGGUGGUUCUGAUGAGAACUUGGUGUUUGGUCGAAAUGGGUCUGGCCAAAAGAUUGUGGAUGCCUCCUCUGUUGAUGGCUUUGAUCGGUUUCUUGAAGGGAAGUGUGAUUCUCCUCAAUCAGGGCUUGGGAGUAGUGUCAUUUCGGCUUCGAACCGUUUGUCUCGGCUCUCCAUUGGCUGCCGUUCUAGUAGAAGUGACUGGGAUGAAGAAUGUUAUUUUAAGGAUGGGGAGGCAACCAAGAAGAGUCACUUGAGCCCAUCAAAUGAAUGCUGCCAAGAAUUUUCUGAUAUAGAUGGCGAAAGUACGUUUGUCAGACACGAGUUGUACAACUUCAAGUCAGGAGCAUCUAGUCCUUGGAACAGCCCCACUAUAAUUAGUAGUCCUGAUGGAGCUGAAUCUUCUGUGAAAAAUGACCAAGGCGGGACCGCAAGGUCACAAAAUGAUGCUCUUAUGGAGCGAGAUAUGUUUAGGAGGAGUGAGACAGAGACUGAAGAUCUUGAUGAUUGCACUGAUGCAUCCCCUGUUUAUCGGCAUGAAUCUCAAAAGGAAGGUCACCAACCUUUGGAUUUUGAGAACAAUGGCCUUAUUUGGUUUCCUCCUCCCCCUGAGGAUGAAGGGGAUGAGGUUGAAAGCAGCAUCUUUGAAUAUGAUGAUGAGGAUGAUGAUGAUGUGGGGGACAUGGGAUUGCGAUUCUCGUCAAGUAGUUUCAGUGGCAAUACUUUCCGAACCAAAGAGAAACCAAGUGAAGAGCUCCAAGAACCACUUAGAGCAGUCGUUCAUGGACACUAUAGGGCUCUUGUAGCACAAUUGUUAAGGGGAGAUGGGAUUUUUGUGGGGAAUGAGGAUGACAAAGAGAGUUGGCUAGAGAUACUUACUGCACUAGCAUGGCAAGCUGCCAAUUUUGUGAAACCAGACACUAAGAGGGGAGGAAGCAUGGAUCCUGGUGGGUAUGUGAAAAUCAAGUGCAUAGCAUGCGGGAAGCCCAGUGAAAGCACUUUCAUUAAGGGGGUUGUUUGCACAAAGAAUAUAAAGCACAAGCGAAUGACAUCGCAAUACAAGAAUCCUAGGUUACUUCUCUUGGGUGGAGCAUUGGAGUAUCAAAGAGUUGCAAAUCAGUUAGCUUCUUUCGAUGCCUUACUGCAGCAGGAGAUAGAUCAUCUCAAGAUGGUUGUUGCAAAGAUCGAGGCGCAUCGGCCAAAUGUGCUAUUGGUAGAGAAAAGUGUAUCACACUAUGCCCAAGAAUUCUUGUUGGCCAAGGAGAUAUCUCUAGUGUUAAAUGUUAAAAGGCCUCUAUUGGAGCGAAUAGCCAGGUGUAGUGGUGCUCAGAUUGUUCCUUCUAUUGAUAAUCUUACUUCCCCAAAGUUGGGUCAGUGUGAAAAUUUUCGGUUGGAAAGAUUUGUGGAAGAAGAUCGUGUUGCUGGUCAGCCCACCAAGAGAUCCAGUAAAACUUUAAUGUUUUUUGAGCGAUGUCCCAGGCGUUUAGGAUGCACGGUCCUUCUGAGGGGGGGUUCUCAGGAAGAACUAAAGAAGGUGAAAAAAGUGCUUCAAUAUGCAGUCUUUGCAGCCUAUCACCUGUCGCUUGAAACCUCUUUCCUUGCAGAUGAGGGUGCAACUAUUCCAAAACUUCCUUUCCAAUCUCCAAUUGCUAUCCCAGAAAAGCUGAGCAACAUAGAUAAAUCUGUUUCAUAUGUUCUUAGUUCUGCAACCCCUUUUGUUUGUGAGGCAGUGAUGGGAAAAUAUGAGGUCCUCAGUGGACACACUGAUCUAGUGAUGUCCCAUCCUGAAUCUCCAGUGUGCCAUUCAGCUCAAGUUGAGAGGAGUCCAAGUCCUAAUUUUGAUUUUGAUGGAAAUGAGUCAGGAAGUGAACUUGUGCAUUCUGGUCCUUUGUGUACUUCUCCCAAGGUUUUAGACUUUGCAAGAGUUCAUCCAUGUGAUAUUCCGAAUGAUGCAGAUAUAGGAUCAUCACAUGACGAUUUGGAGGGUUCUUUGUUAGACCAAGAGAUCUCCACUGAGUAUUUCCCAACUUCUCGCAACACUCAUCAGAGUAUCUUGGUCUCAUUGUCAAGCCGUUGUGUAUUAAAGGGAACAGUAUGUGAACGGUCUCAGCUUUUCCGAAUCAAGUUUUAUGGAAGCUUUGAUAAGCCAUUGGGGAGGUACCUCCGUGAUGAUUUGUUUGAUCAGUCUUCAUGCUGCCGAUCUUGUAACGAACCAGCUGAUGCUCAUAUUCGCUGUUAUACCCACCAGCAAGGAAGUCUCACAAUAUGUGUCAAGCAUUUGCCCUCUUUGAAGCUCCCUGGAGAGCGUGAUGGGAAAAUAUGGAUGUGGCAUCGGUGCCUCAAAUGUGCACACAAAGAUGGUGUUCCUCAAGCAACAAGAAGAGUGGUUAUGUCUGAUGCUGCAUGGGGUUUGUCUUUUGGGAAAUUCUUGGAGCUUAGCUUUUCAAAUCAUGCUGCCGCUAAUCGCAUUGCAAGUUGUGGUCAUUCCUUACAGAGGGAUUGCCUCAGGUUUUAUGGGUUUGGGAGCAUGGUUGCAUUUUUUCGUUAUUCUCCAAUUGAUAUUCUUUCUGUCCAUCUACCACCUUCUGUGCUGGAAUUCAACAGUGUGGUUAGACAGGACUGGGCCAAAAAGGAGGCUGCAGAGGUUAUAGAUAAAAUUGAAUUCCUUUAUGAAGAAGUUUCUGAUGCUCUCGAUGGCAUGGAGAAGGAAUUUGCUGCUUUUGAAAGUGGGUAUGAAUCUACCAAGGUAAUGGAGUUCUAUAAUUAUAUAGAUGAGUUGAAAGAUUUGCUGAUAAAGGAAAGGGGCGAAUACAUGGCAUUCUUAUAUAAGGGAGCAGUCGAGAUCUGUAAAACUAUGCAGCCAGUUCCAGAGGUUUUGGAGCUCAAUCAUCUGAGGCGUUGUCUUCUGAUCGAUUCUUACAUGUGGGACCGUCGGAUCUGUCUCUUGCACUCUUUAUCUGUGAAAAGUAAGUCUGGGUCUGCUUCAAGUCUCAAUGGAAAUACCAGUGAGACAAGGUUAAAAGAUACAGUGGAAACGGAGGUGCCUUGUAGAGAUAACAAGCCUGGUAUUUCAUCAGAAGUAAGUAGUCCAAAGAUUUCAAACGCAUUGGAGAAGCCUAAAGAUAACUUGCUACUUCCAAAACCAUCUGAGGAGAUGAAGGACUUGAUUAACACAGUUGGAUCACUGCCAACUUCUAGGGAUACUAUGGGCACAGUGGAUCUUAAGGGACCUUCUUAUUGUUCCACUCAGAUUGCAAUAUUGGACUCUAAUUCAAGUCCAACAGGAACAUUGGAAGGGAAGGGCAUUGUUGUAAAUACAACUUUGGAGCCCCUUUCAUCAUUUGCUUCGAAUCUUUCUGAUAAGAUAGAUUUGGCCUGGACUGGAGAAGGACAAAUAGUUACCCAAGGAGCCUCAAAUGGGCAUGGAACUGGUCCUGCCACUCUUGGGCCCACGGUUGGGAAAGACCAAAUUUCUCAGCGCAAAAUCUUGUCGCCUGUAAGAGUUUAUUCCUUUGACUCUGCACUAAAAUUCCACCCUAGGAGUAAGAAAGGGCCCCUUCAUAGUGCCUUGCAUCUCUCUUCGACGAGGUCAUUCCAUUCUUCAGGGGAUUUCAGGAGCUUGGUUUGGGAACCAAUACCCAAAAUCCUGAAAUCUUUCUCGAGGGCAUCCCCUGGUUCCUUGGAAGCCUUCCACAAAUUUGAUUUCCUGUUCAGUUAUUCACCCUCUGUCAUCUCUUCAAUUUCACGAAUUGUAACUGAUGGAGCGAGAUUGCUAUUGCCUGCAACGAGUCGAAAAGAUGUGGUUAUUGCUGUUUAUGAUGGCGAACCCACGAGUGUUAUAGCCUAUGCGCUUUGUACAAAGGAAUAUGAGAACCAGUUAUCCGAUAAGCUUGAUGAGAUAGAAAGCUCUAAGGAAAGCCAUAUCGGUACCCAUUCUUCUUUUGGGUCAGUUUGGCACUCUGAUACCUCCCUUGACACCGAUUUUGUUCACCCUAGAAGCUAUGGGUCUGAGGAGAUAUCAUCUUUGAAGGGGAGUCCAGUGUCUGAUAUGGGGAAAUCUCCUCUUCAUGUCAAGGUCACAUUUGGUGAUGAUUCUUCACUUCCUUCUGGAAAGGCAAGGUUUUUGGUUACCUGUUAUUUUGCAAGGCAGUUUGACGCUUUGAGGAGGAAAUGCUGCGAUAAUGAGAUGGAUUUUUUGCGCUCUCUUAGUCGCAAUAAGAGAUGGAGUGCACAAGGUGGGAAGAGUAAUGUUUAUUUUGCAAAGACACUGGAUGAGAGGUUUGUAAUUAAGCAAGUCACAAAGACAGAGCUCGAGUCAUUUGAAGAGUUCGCUCCUGAGUACUUCAAGUAUCUCUCUGAUGCUAUAAGUACAGGCAGCCCGACUUGCUUGGCGAAGAUCCUUGGUAUCUAUCAGGUAACAGUCAAGAAUUUGAAGGGUGGUAAGGAAUCGAGGAUGGACUUGAUGGUUAUGGAGAAUCUGUUUUAUGGGAGGAAUGUGUCAAGGGUUUAUGAUCUCAAGGGUUCUGCUCGUUCUCGUUACAAUCCUGAGACAGGGAGCGGAAAUGUCCUGCUAGAUCAGAAUCUGUUGGAGGUGCUCAGGACAAAGCCGAUAUUUUUGGGCAGCAAAGCCAAGCGCAACUUAGAAAGAGCGGUGUGGAAUGAUACAUCGUUUCUUACUUCUGUAGAUGUAAUGGAUUACUCAUUGCUGGUUGGGGUCGAUGAAGAGAGCAAGGAGCUGGUGAUGGGGAUCAUUGAUUUCAUGAGGCAGUACACGUGGGACAAGCAUUUCGAGACUUGGGUCAAGGCCUCCGGUAUUCUUGGGGGUCCAAAAAAUGCUGCUCCUACUGUAGUUUCUCCCGAGCAAUACAAGAAGAGGUUUAGAAAGGCCAUGUCGACCUACUUCCGCAUGGUCCCUGAUCAGUGGUCGCCUUAAAAACCUGGACAUCAGUCUCCCUCCCCCGAAACUAACUACUUAGCUUUUUCUCUUUUCAACUCUCUCUCUCACACACCAGCUACUUGGUAGAUAAAGCACUUUUGGAAUUGUUCAGGUUCUUUGACAAAUCUGUAUAGUAGAGUGAUGAUGGGUUUUGCCACGAUUGGUUAAUAACAAGAGCUUGCAAAAGAAGUUCUGCAAGGAGCUCUUUUUAUUUGGUGUAUCUAGGCAUGCCUAUGUUGUAAGAGUAUGGGUAGUGCUAAUAUGUUGCAAAGGUGGUCCGUUACGCACCCAUUGUGUAAAACAGUUGAUCUCUUGAGCAUGCAAUUGUAUUUUGCCCUCUGCAUUCAAGAGGGAGGGACCCCAUUUUGUAACUUAUUUUAAGUUGCAGGGUUGAAGCGCUAUUUUUCUUCUCCAAGCAAGUAAUCAAUGGCAUGAAGUUGGGCUUUUGUUGA